GUGAUUGCAGAGGUCCGUAUGUGAGAACUUGACCCAUGAUCCCUAAAACAUACUUCAAUAAAACUACAUUGAGGAUUUCCUGCAGGUCCAGGCCCCCCCUGCCCCCUCCUCAGAGCCGCAGACGUCCUCCGCUCAGAGUUCAUCCGUCAGUGCUCCUCCCGUCUGCAUCCUGGUGGACAGCCGCUGCCUCAGUGGAGGGUCGGAGCUGAUGACCAGCCUCCGUCAGCGCCACGCAGCCACCCUCCACGUCUGCUCACUGGACGGCAGCUACUUCAUCGUCAGCAACCGCACGGCAGUGGAGAAGCACAGCCAAUCAGAUCUGGCGGCAACGCAGAACCGGAAGCGAUUGGCUGAGAGAGUGAACAGCCUGCAGGGGUUGUUCGAGCGAGUUUGUCUCAUAGUGGAGAAGGACCGGUCCAAGCCAGGUGAGGCAUCACGUCCGUUUCAGCGAACGCGUUGCUAUGACAGCACUCUGACGGCUCUGGUGAGUACGGGGGUGCGCCUGCUGUGGAGCGACGGCGCUGAGCAGAGCGCCGGCCUGCUGGCAGACCUGGCCCGGCUGGAGCAGCGGAAAGGUCAGGCAAUCAGCGUGCCGCUGGAGGUCAAAGGGUCGCACCGGCAGCAGGCCCUGCAGCUGUACCUCGGCCUGCCCUCCGUCAGCUACGUCCACGCCCUCAGCCUGAGCCACAACUUCAGCUCCAUCGCCCAACUCAUCAACAGCUCCAUUGAAGCCAUACAGAAGGGAGGCAGUAUGAGUCGAUCCAGAGCCGAGGAGAUCUACCGCUUCCUGCGCUACUCCUGUGACUCCUUCAUGAUGAACUCAUCCACAGCAGGGAAGAGCAGCUAGCAGCGGGGAAGGGAAGCGCUGUAAGAAAAAGACAAUAUGUUCCUCUGUUGCUUUAUUCCGUUCUCGAGGAACCAGAGGACAGUUACUAAGCUAUGUCCAGCAACUUCUCCAUCUAUAAGAGAAGACAGUCAGGAUAUUAAGGGAACACCAGUCACCUAUCUGUUUGUUAUAACAUACAAUGUGAUCCUUGAUAAAUGGCACUAAUGCUGUCAGACUCAGUUAAAGCACUACCAUGAGGAAUCAUAAGAAAUCUAUAUUUGUUUGUCACUUGAAUAACUUAUUAUUUUGUCAUAAUGGAUACAUUUGUUUAAAAAAGAAAAAAGGUAUAACCUUUCUUUAAUAAACAUUUAUAUUUUUAUACAAAAGUA